AUGCCGGCUGGAGCUGCAGUGCAGCCACCAUCCUCAUCCUCGCGAGCCCAUCGACGGGAGUCAUACCGUAGCAAUAACCUCAAUGCCGGCGAGAACAAUCGCACUGAUGACAAUAUGCCAGCUUCCCGCGAGUCUGACUCUCGCCAUCGCAGGCGCCGCCGACGAGACGACUGGGUCCGCACCAGCAACGAGAACAUCUUGUACCGCCUGGACGCCCCUGUCGCCGACGCUUCCGCCGCUGCCGUCCCUGUAACUGCCGCAGACGAUUCGGCUGACCCCGUCUCGCGUGUCCCAACGCCCCCCAUUGGGCCCCGAAGGACGCGGCCGCACUCCAUCCACGUCGUCAGCUAUCCCUCGGGCUACGUGCCUCGUGAGCUUCGGACCAGAACCUCCCCUCGCUCGUCUAGGGCCCGGAUCGAAUCUGGCUCCAGCCCCGCGCCUAGCACCCCGAGAUCUUCGAGGCUUACGACAUCAGCCCACCCCAGCAACAGGACUGAACUUCCUGUCCGCUUGGCCUUGACCCGAUUGUUCCAAUCACUGGCGAGCAACUCUGUAUCCUCAGUCGACGUUCCGCAACACAGCGCAUUCCCUGUUGUAGCCGAGCUAGUCAACCCCGUAGCAAUCACUCGCACCAUUCUCACGAGACAACCUCAUCGUCCUCUCGCAGGAGCCGUGAGCCAAAGCAGCAGCAACAUAAUCAAUCUUCAUCCACCAGAGAUCGUGACGCUGCUCACCACAAGCGAGAACAUCGAGACCGCCGAGAACACCGUGAUCAACCGCGGGACAAAACACGGCGCAGAGCAGCUUCGAGAUCCUCCAGGUCGAGGCAUCGGCAUCGUGCCAGAAGCAACAGCCGUAGUCGCCACAACAGCCGCCAACCGGGCCAACAGACAACAGCCCGUCCCCGUCGCUCUUCUCAACAACGCCGCUACCCUCCCAACAGCAUGGCUACCGCUAGAGCCCUCAAAAUCAAGCGUAAACGCCGUCGUCACCGAGGUGAUUAAGCCUGUAGCCACCGGCAGCGGAGUCUCUUGCUCCAUUCUCCUUGCCGAACCCAACCUCUUCCUUUCUGGCUUUGACCACAACGGCCAUGAGCGCCGAACAGACCGCGCCGGCACUGCCCUCCUGAGAGGCAAGAUGCAACUGACUAUUAGCAAGAACGUCAAGAUCAAGGCUGUCCAGCUAAAGUUGGUUGGCCGCGCACGCACAGAGUGGCCUGAGGGUAUCCCGCCGCUCAAGCAAGACCUAUUUGAAGAGGAAAGCCUGCGAACCCAGGUCCUCACCUUUUUCAACGCCCUCAACGAGGGAUGGGAGAGCGAAUACGGUAACCAGUGCACAUACAAGCUCAAAGGUGGCUCCGCAAACUCAAGUAGCACCGGUCUCAACACUUCGCCUGGCGUCUCACCUGCGGCGUCAAUGCGAAAUAAUCUGACGGCCAAGGAGCUCAAGCGACUCUCUCUUCAGAACGUCCAGUCUCGCAGCUUUGGCAAGGGCGAGAGCGGAGUGGUGACUCAAACCCAGGCCAAGGGAUUCAAGGUCUUUUACCCCGGCGUCUACGAUUAUUCCUUUGAGCUUCCCAUCGAUCACCACCAGCUUGAGACCACCAAGCUGCAGUACGCUUCCGUCAAGUGGGAGCUUCACGCCACCAUUGACCGUGCCGGUGCUUUCAAGCCCAAUCUGCAUGGUGUCAAGGAAGUCCCCAUCAUCCGACUGCCUGACCAGAUGUCGCUCGAGAUGUCUGAGCCUAUUUCCAUCAGUCGCCAGUGGGAAGACCAACUACACUACGACAUUAUGGUUUCCGGAAAGAGCUUUCCCAUCGGAGCCAAGAUCCCCAUUGCGUUCAAGCUCACUCCCUUGGCCAAGGUUCAGGUCCACAAGCUCAAGGUCUACAUCACCGAGUCGGUUGAGUAUUGGACCAGCGACAAGCGUGUGACGCGAAAGGAUCCCGGUCGAAAGAUUCUGCUGCUCGAGAAGACGGCAGGAAAGGAGCUCGCCCCAGAGUGGGCCACCUCCGAGGUUGUAACCCUUCGCGGCGGUGAGCUCACAGAAGAGCAGCGCCGCGUUGCUCGUGAAACCGCCUCAAGAAGGCGAGCCCACGAUGCCUUGAAGCAGCGUCGGGCUCCGGAGCCACUGCCAGCGCCGGUGGAUAAUCUCCUCGGCGACUUGGACCUGGGCCUCGAGAGCAUGUGGGGAUCCACCGAGAUUGAAGCAAGCGUCCAGAUUCCCACCUGCGAAAUGAUGGCCAAGAACAAGUCUCUCAGACUACACCCCGAUUGCAGUUGGAAGAAUGUUAACGUCUUCCACUGGAUCAAGGUUGUUAUGCGAAUCAGCCGAUUGGAUCACGAUGAUCCUUCAGGCACCAAGCGCCGCCAUUUCGAGAUUAGCAUUGACUCUCCUCUCACCAUCCUCAACUGCCGCGCUACCAGGGCAAACACAUCUCUGCCCGCCUAUACCGGUGAGAUGAACCGACCGUCUCCGUAUCAAUCGGCUUGCGGUUGCCCCGAUUCGGCAACAAUUGCCAUGGAGACUUCUCCCAGCUCCUCGACCGGCACUUUGCCAGACCCCGAGGCACUUGCCGAUAGCAUGCCUGCCCCGCCCCAAGCUGUUCAUCUUCAGUCUGGAGCUCCCUCGGCAGGCCAAACAGCAACUGGUCGAUCGAGUCCGACAACCUGGUCGCCCGAAGGACAAGGCCGGCCUAUUCAUUUGCUACGAGCACCCAGUUUCAACCCUCCCGCUUUUGACGACGACACAGCGCCGCCUCCGGCCAGCACCAUUGUCGUUGACGGCACUCCUGCCGAUAUCCCUCCGAUCAUGACCCCGCCUCCGCAGUAUGAUGCCGUCGUCGGCACGCCUAGCGUUGAUGGCCUUGCCGAUUACUUUACCCGGUUGGCUGAGUACGGACUUGGUGAUGAUCAUGAGGGCUCCGGAUCAGACGGCGACGAGUCACCAGCUCGCAUCUUGGACCGAAAUGGCCGCGUCAACGUGGCUCACCCUAGAACUCCCGGCGGCAGAAGGAUGCCCAGCCGAAGCAUGGAAAUCUCCCGACCACCUAUCGACCUCAACAUCAGUGCUUUACUUUCACGUUCCAACUAUGCACGCGAAGAAGCGCAAGUAUAA